AUGUUCGCCGCAUUCGCCAUCGCUCGCCGCGACCUCCGCCGUUUCUUCCGCUCGCCUUUUAAAUCCCACCAGCACCCUUUCAAUUCUCUUUCAUACGAGCGUGUCGAACCUGAGGAGCCGUUUGAGGCUCGGCAAACCGAGCCUGUUAGAACCGAGCCGCCUUCGCACAGAGCCGUCAAUUUGCUGAGCGAUCCCGGACCAGGAAAUGGCCGGCUCACGACUGGCGGGGAUCACGGCGAUCUUUACGGGAAUGCGCAGCUGCUGGGAGAGCUGGGUUGUGUGGAGCUUCGGAGAAGGUUCCAGGAAUUGGAACAGGCGAUGACCGACCUUCAGGCGAAUUACUCGCAGCUGGUUCGGCAGCAUUCAGCCCUCCAGUCCCGAGCCGCGCAGCAGCAACACACCAUUGAUUCACUGCAGAUCCGAUCAGCAAAUGCCAGCUCGGCGAGAGGUCUAGCAAUCUCCGCCGGAUCAAUUCUAAGACCGCAUGAUAUUCGUGAAGCAACGGCGGACUUUGCAACCGCUUCUGAGCCGCACUCUUAUAAUGAACUUUCUGGUGCUGGGUCUGCUCAAGGCCCUACAGCGGCCAGAGGAGGAGUUUCCAGCACAGGUGCAAGCGGUGCGGUCACAGGGGCGUCAGAGUUGGCUGCCGAACCAAAAUCUGACGAAUCCGAAGCUGCAAGCUCAGGCUCGGCGGGGGGUGCGGAGGGUGAGUGCGAGAGUGCGUUGAUGGCGUGCCAGCAGCAGCAGGAGCUGAUGAAACUGGCCGGGGGAGGGGGGGAGGGCGGCGAGGGAGGAGAUGGGGGAGCGGGAGACAUGCUGCAGGAGCUGGCAGCCGGCAUGAAGAGCCUUGAGGCGUCGUUCCGCCUUGCGCUGGUGAGUGCAGGGGCCAGUGCAAUGGGGGAAGUGGGAUGGGGGCAGUGGGACAAGGGCUGGCAGCAACAGACAUUGGCAGGUAUGGGUUCACGUUGGAGGCACUUAGGUCGCAUCGCAGGGGCCAUGAGGAGACUUGACAAGUCGUUCCGCCUGGCGCCGAGGGGGGGAGAGGAUGGCAGGCAGAGCGAGGGGCUGGAGGGGGAGGAAAGGGCGGAUGGCGUGAGUGGGGAUGCUCGUGGGGGCAGGAGAGGCGGGGAGGACGAGGGGUGGGAAGGUGGUGAAGAUGAAGAGGGAAGCGGCGGUGAGGAUGAUGAGGGGAGCAGUGGUGGCAUGGGUGAGAGCGCGCGCGCUCUGAUGGCUUUGUGGGAGGCCACCCCCUCCCUGGCGCUGAGGGAUGUGCGCAGUGGCGCUGUGCAGCGCUACCUCAGGCUGCUCAGGCAUGCCGCAGGGGCACAGGGGGGAGAAAAGGUGGGGGAAGGGGGGACGAAUGAGGGAGUGCAGCAAGCGAAGAGACAAGCAGUUGCUUUGGGUGAGGCAGGAGGGAGUGUGGGAGUGGCAGGGGAGGAGGCAUGGUUGAGUGAGGAGGAGGAGGAGCAGCGGCUGGUGCCUGCAGCACCCCAUGUGGACCACUGUGCCUCUCUCGCUACUGAUAUCAGCCUUCUGGAUUCGCGGUCUGCUGAUGGGGCGCUUCCUGAUUGGUCGCUUUGGGGCGGCCGGUUGGGACUAGUGGCACGGCGUUUGGAGGAGCGGGAGAGGGAGAAGUUAAGGAGGGAGAGAGAGAGGGAAGGAGAUGUGCGUGCAGACAAGGAAACACAGGAAGCAGGAGGCGGAGAGAGGAUGGGAGAAGUAAAUGGAGAGGAAGAGGAAGAGGGAAGGAAGGUGGAAGGUGCGGCAGCUGCGGCAGAGGCAGAGAGGCAGUUGGAGGCGGAGGAGCAGGCGCGGGCACUACAGCACGAGGCGAUGCGGCUGCAGGCACAGGAGCGGAUGGAGGAGCGGCAAGGGGCGAGCGACGAGCAGGCGGAGGUGGCGGCGUGGAUGGCGGCAGCACGGGACGAGCAGCCCAUGGGCGACCGCAGGGGGGCUGUCUUGGGGCCGUACCCCCCUUGGGUAUCAGGAGCAGAUGAGGACAACCUCCCCAUGACCCGACGCGCCCAGAGGGACAUCUGGUUGAUGCAGCACCCGCGGGACUGCGCGCACCCGGCUGUCAAGUUCCUGGUUGUGGACGUGCUGAGGACGGUCCGCGGCCGCUUCCUGGGCGUGGGCGCGCAGGUGAACUGGCUGGCAGGCGUGCUGGGGACGGCUGUGGUGGAGGGGCGCGUGCUGGUGGUGCGGCAUUAUCACCGGGCGGCACAUGAUGGGUGUCAUGGUGUGCAUCACGGCCGGUGGUCGUGCUACUUCGUGCCAGAGACCUCCCCUGAGUGCCGCCAGCAGGCUCUGCUCCUGCUGCACUCCGCCCGCCCCACCCAUGCCCUCCAACCCACCUCCCCCAGCAAUACCAGUGACAGUGGUGCUGCUGGUAGGGAUGGUAGGGAUGACAGCAGUGGGGGGGAGAGCAGUGGGGAGGAGUGGAGCAGGAGGAGGGUGACGGUAUGGGAGGAGUAUCUGGACCGCAAUGUCACCAACUUCUUCACCAUUACCUAUCCCACCAUAUGGGGUCAGCCAUGGAAGCACAUGCAUCCGACGGUGGACGUGCAUGGAAGGCUCAUCCGAUGGACAGCAUUCAACCGCCACCGCUGGUGGUUCGCCCAGGCUGCCACCUACCUCAUGCGCUACCCCUCCCCUCGUCUCUGCCUGCUCCUCAAUCGCGCCCGCCACCACGCUUUUGGCCCUGGCCUCGCCGCCCGGGCAGCCCACUUCUUGCCCGCCGAUUGGCCGAAAACCGUCGAGCAGCUGCCCGAACUCACCUCUCAAAACACCCUGGGCAGCGAGGGGAAAAUCGAGGACAUCUGGCGGGCAGCGAGUGGAGGCGCAGGCGGCACAGGGGCACUGGCAGGAGCGGGAGGGUACCGAGCAGCAGGGGGGUAUUUGCCAGAGGGGCUGGUGGCGGUGCAUGUGAGGCAGGGGGACAAGGCGGGCGAGAUGGCGAUUGCAGGGGUGGAGGUGUAUGUUGCGCUGCUUGGAAGGGUGAGACGCCAGUUCCCCUACGCGGACUCGGUGUGGCUCAGCACUGAAAUGCAGGCUGUAGUGGACGCCGCCAAGCAGUACACGCGCUGGCGAUUUCAUGUCACUGACUUCCCCAGGCAGGCUGCCGGCGAGACCAUGGAUGCGUAUGACGCGCGCGUGGGGGAGCAGCGCGCCACCGACAACGCCCUCGUGAACCUCCUCGUCUCCGCCGAUGCGCCUUUCUUUGUGGGCACCAUGGGGUCCACUUGGUCCGUGCUCAUUGAUAACCUCAGGGGGGCAGGGCGGGGCAAGGCGCGUGUAGGCAUGCUGAGUGUGAACCGGGACCGACUCAGUUACAGCCUCGCCCGUGUUUUCUCAAGAGGCUCUCCUCGUCCACCUCCCUGUCCCAUCGACCGUCCGCGCAGGAGAGUCGCCAUGGCGGAAGCCGCGGGCGGCAAGUACGCGGGGGAGGCGCAGGGCACGGCGCGCGCCAACAUGGACACGGUGAUGAAGGGAUGGUUCUCGGAAGUCAGCCCCAUGUGGCCAGGAGAGGCGCAUUCUCUGAAGAUCGACAAGGUUUUAUUUGAGGGCAAGUCCGACUUCCAAGACGUUGCCAUCUUCCAGUCGGAGACGUACGGCAAGGUGUUGGUGCUGGACGGCGUGAUCCAGCUCACGGAGCGCGACGAGUGCGCGUAUCAGGAGAUGAUCACGCACGUGCCGCUCUGCUCCAUCCCCAACCCCAAAAAGGUGCUGGUGGUGGGCGGCGGCGACGGCGGGGUGUUGAGGGAGGUGUCGCGGCACGUGGGGGUGGAGCAGAUCGAUAUCGUUGAGAUCGACGGCAUGGUCAUUGAUGUGUCCAAGGAGCACUUCCCAGCGGUGGCCAUUGGCUACAAGGACCCGCGCGUCAACGUCACUGUGGGCGACGGAGUGGCGUUCCUCAAGGCAGUGCCAGAGGGCACGUACGACGCCAUCAUCGUUGACUCCUCUGAUCCCAUCGGCCCCGCGCAGCAGCUGUUUGAGAGGCCCUUCUUUGAGUCGAUGGCACGCGCGGUGCGGCCAGGGGGCGUGGUGUGCACGCAGGCAGAGUCGCUGUGGCUGCACCUGCCCAUCAUCAAGGACAUUGCCCUCGCCUGCCACCAUGCCUUUAAGGGCUCUGUUAACUAUGCCUGGACCAGCGUCCCCACCUACCCCAGUGGCACGAUUGGCUUCAUGGUCUGCUCCACACCCGGUCCAGAGGUGAACUUCAAGGUGCCAUGCAACAGAAUUGAGGACCAGCCUGAACGGCCUGACCACCUGCCCAAGUUGCCGCCCCUCAAGUACUACAAUUCUCAAGUCCAUUCUGCUGCCUUUGUUCUCCCACAAUUCGCCAAGGAGGCUCUUGAGCCCCACCUCACUAAGUAA